GGGAAAGAAGGGCCCGCCGUCGUAGCCGGAAAGCUACGGGUAAAAGUGUGUAGCGCCGCCUGACGGACCGCCCGACGAACCGGGCAGCCGCUGUCAGGAAACCGCGGUGUCGGGAAAAGGUCUGCAGUAUCUGAGGGAGCGCCGCCAACAGCUCUCCAUACGCCAUCACACUGUGGACUAAGAAGUGGAUCCCAUCUGAGGGGAGAAGCCACACUCAUGUAGUUGGUGUGGAGCAGGGGUCGUGUCGGGAGCAGGGGAGGGCCUUCAUCCAGCUAACGCCUGGAAAUGACGUUUGUCCUGGGGCUUGUUCCAUCAUUUCUCUGUGUGAGAUCUCACACCGGAGCCCUGGAUGGAAACAAGCAGAUCAGUCAUAUGACACAACAGUGGAGUUUCACUUCAGCACUCACCGACCUCAUCACCUGUCACAGAUCCUCCUCCAUGACACGCCCGCAGUCCCCAUAGGACCCCCCCACACACACACACAUCAUGGAGGAGCAGCAGGAGGAGUCGGAGGGCGUUUACGUGGAGCACCAGUACAUGUGCAGCGAGUGCCACCAGCUCUUCAACACCCUGGACGAUGUGCUGAUCCACCAGCAGAUCCACACUGGCUCCGAGGGAGAAGUGGAUGUGGAGUUGAGUGAGGCCAUGAUGGGGCAGACCCAGCACUACCAGUGUCUGGAGUGUGGGAGCCUCCUGGUGAACCCGGAGGAGCUGCUGCGGCACCAGGAGAUGCACAUGAGGGAGGCUGGGUUGGAGAUGGAGCACCAAGGUGACAUUGGUUUCCAGCUGUGCGAGGUCAUGGAGACGGAGGAAGGCGGGUCAGAGGCCCAGGGGUCGGGGCCGGUUCAGUACCAGUGUCUGGACUGUCUGGCUCUGUUCGAGUCCCCUGAGACCUGGUUGGAGCACCGGCGGACGCACAGCAGGAGCAGCACACACAGCAACGCAGAGCCCACGGAGUAUGUGCUGCAGCCUGAUGGCACCGUCACUCCACUGACCAGUAUGCAGAAUUAUGUGCUGAGUGAGCAGCAGGCUGGGGAGAUCUUGGCCCAGGUACUCGCUCAGCAGCAGCUGCAGCAACAACAGAGGAAACGUCAUUCUGUGUCUAAAUCUGCUGCACCCUCCCGCUUCGCCCUGCUCCCCCCCGUGACGGCGACCCCCGGCUCCGCCACCAUGCAUCUGCAGAUUCUCACGGCUCAAGUCCUGGCUGACAACUCCACUGCUACCAGCCAGCGGCGCUCCAAGCUGCCCGCUCUGCUGCCCGCUGUGGGCCGAGGCACCUCCGCAAAGCUGGGAGUCCUGGAGAACGGCGUCCAGAGACUGGAGUUGAGGUUGGCCCCCGCCGUGCAGGAGCUGCAGCAGCAAGCUGAGGUGUUAGUCAUCCACCCUUACGAGUGCUCAGAGUGCUCCCUGCUAUUCCAAACUCCAGAGGAUUUCCUCCAGCACCAGGGGGAGCACUUCCUGGGCCAGGACAAGGAGAGCGGAGAGUCCGGGGUCAUGAGUGGCUUCGAGGAGGUGCGAGGGAGGGAGGAGGCCACAGAGAAGGUGGAGGACAUGAGGAUCAGAGUGGCAGAGAAGAGAGAUGCCUGCUGGACCAAACCUCAACAGUGUGAGCUCUGCCACCGCACCUUCACCUCAAUCAACCGGCUGGCCGCUCACAAGCGUGUGCACGAGCAGGGCACGCACGAGUGCCCAGAGUGCGGGAAAGUGUUCAAGAAGGUGACAUCGCUGCAGACGCACAUGCGAACACACUCUGGUGUGGCCAGGUACUUAUGUGUAGACUGUGGCAAUGGCUACACCACUGAGAUGACUCUAAUCAUGCACAGGAAGUCCCACACGGCAGACCCACUGCACAAGUGUCAGUUCUGCAACAAAACCUUCACCAACAUGACCAAAUACCUCUACCACCGUCGAACCCACCUCAACCGGGACACUUCUGGCACACCUGCCACUGCCUCUAUGCUCUCAGCUCCAAGAAGAGCGUCUCGUUCUGCCCUUGCCAUCCUAGAGCGAGCAAGAGAAAAGAGAAAUUCUCACACUACAAAAACCAGCCUGCUGGCCCCUCUCACAGAAGAAGAGAUGGAAAAUCUGGAAGAAAAUCCAGAACAAAGUUCUCAGACAGAAGUGGAAGGAGAUGAAGUGGAGAAAAAGGCAGAGGACAACAUCAUGGAGGCCCCCCCCCCACUUGAAGAUAACAAUGAUGUGCCCGAGCAGGUGGAGGAUGCCACCAAGUCUGAUUUAGCUACAGACCCGGUUUCUCUGGAUGACACCGAUGCCGGCAUCCCGUCGAGCUCCACUGGCUCAACAGAAGCUGCCUCUGCUGAGUCAUCAGAGAAAGGGCCUUUUUCUUGCCGUUCCUGCAGUAAGACCUUUCCCUCCCAGCUGCAGUUAGUUCAGCACCGACACAAGUCCCAUGUCACCGAGCGCAGCUUUGUCUGUGGAAUCUGUGGCAAGUCCUUUAAGAAGCAGAUCCACGUACGCAACCACAUCCGGACACACACGGGCGAGAAGCCCUUUCAGUGCUCCGACUGCGGAAAAACCUUCUCAUCUCUAGCCAAUCUGAUGAGGCACAACCUCAUCCACUCUGGAGUGCGCCCGUACCGCUGUGAUGUUUGCCACCGCUCCUUCUCACAGUCCUCCAACCUCCGUCAGCACAGCCUGCUGCACUCCAACGCUGCCACUCUGUGCUGCCCGGACUGCCCCGCCACCUUUCGCUGGCCCACCAAGUUAGCAGCACAUCGCUACACCCAGCACCCCGGGUCUCCAGCCCCCUUCUCCUGUUCUCACUGUGGGGCUGGCUUCCUGAGCAGGAGGCAACGAGACAACCACUGUCUGGAGCAGCACCCCACCCUGGUGCAGGCUGCUGCAGGGAGAGAAGUAGACAAGGAGACACACAACCAAUCACAGCUGGCCAGAGACCUGAGCUCAGAGCCAUCCACCUCCGCAGAAUCAGGGGAUUCAACCAGUUAUGUGCGGGGGGGUCUAGAUUGCAACAUUUGUGGGAAGAAGCUCAACUCUCCUGCCAAUCUGCGACUUCACAGACUGAGCCACCUUGCCUUAGGCCCCGGGCGGCCGCGGUCCACACCAGGGAAGCGGCCUAAAGCUCACCAGUGUCCCAUCUGUGGUAAACAGUUCGUGUCUUCCUCCGGAGUCGCACUUCACCAGCGGGUCCACACCGGCGAGCGCCCGUUUCCCUGCCAAGUGUGCGGCAAGCGCUUCCGUCAGAACACGCACCUGCGAGAGCACCUGCGCACACACUCGGGUGAACGUCCCUUCCGCUGCGAGGUGUGCGGAAAGGGUUUCAUCCAGAGCAUGCACCUGGCUGAGCACCGGCGAACGCACACGGGCGAGCGGCCGCAUGUUUGUGCGCUGUGUGGCAAAGCCUUCAAGACCUUCUCCAACCUGAGGAACCACAAAAAGACCCACGCCAGGCAGCAGAGGCUGGACGAGGAGGCUGCUGCUCAGGCUGCCAUGGAGACCGGCUCCGCUGUGACAGUGGUGGACGCUUCAGCAGUGGAGCUCGCCAACAGGCAGCCUCAGCUCAUCCAGAUCCAAGCCUCAGAUCUUCAGCAGACACAAGGAACUCCUACCAUCAUGUGUAACGAGUUUGGGGAAACCAUCGCCAUCAUUGAGACGAGCGAGGGUGGAGCGCUGCCUCUGGAGCAGGCCUUGGAGAUCUAUCACACGGCUCUGGAGAACGGCCUUGCCAUGGACACGGUUGCUGUGGACGGACUCCAGCUCAUCUGAGGACUAGUACCAGUCCGACAAACUCAACUCUAUCCCUUUUGAGCUUUUGCUGAACUGAUGAAUCAAAUGCUGGUCUUAAUACCAACUGAAACAAAGGCUGACUGAUUAAUGUGAGAUUGAGAGCUCAGUUCAAAAUGCAUGUUACGUUCAGCAAAUACACCAAAGUUUGUCUAUACUCCCCCGAAGCAGUGAGAGGGAUCAGCUCUGAAAUUAUAUAAAUUAAAGAAUAUGGCAUUCAUUACGAAUAAGGACCACAGGUUUGUGCCUCACGAAAUUGGUAUGAUUUUAUCAUUAAAUAAGAUGUGACUUUUGUUUAAAGUUUUGGUCUAAGUAUUCUGUUGUAAAUAAUUGAAAUCAAUAAAUGUUUUUUCAAGAUCAA